GACUGAUGCUGAGAUGUGUGGACUGCGUUUCUAACCCCCUUCCCCCAUAAGCAGACAGAGAGAUGAAACAAAUCUACGCGCCUUUAAAUAGAACCAUGUUGUCAUUCUGACUGCUGUUAUCUGACUGCCAGAGCGGAGACGGACCCGCUCGUCAUCCAUUGCAGAAGAAAUACACUUUUUAUUCUUUCAUUCCACACACUCUUCACAGUAAACAUGCCUAGCAACAGAAAGAAGAACAAGCGCCGAAUGAGAAAAGUGCAGGCCCAGAGAAAGGCUUUGGAGGAGAGGUUUGUCUCCUCUGGAAAGGGAACCCCAGGAGUGUGUGCUGUCCCUGCCCCAGUUCCUGCACAAGUUCCAGUUUCUAAAAUCUCAGAGUGUCCCAUUGCGGUUCCAAUUCCCCUGGCAGUGAUUGCUCCCAUUGACGUUCCUGCUGAAGUAACUCCUGCAGAACCAGUCAUGGUACAAGCCCCAGUCACAGAUGCCAUCAAAGACGAAGUGGUGAAAGCUGCAGAGGACCUAAGACAAACCCCAGUGGAACCCUCUGCAAAAGAGCUAGUUUUGACUGAGGAUGGUGACAGCAUUGCCAUUCCAGUAUUAGAGGUCAUAUCAUCUAUAGAUGAGCCAGUGUCCAACCCUGCAGAAUCUGAGGUCCAGUUUGAGGACACUACACCUGUAGCCACAGAGAUGCAUGUUGUAGCUCAGCCUGUCGAGACGGUUGACACCGAGUGCGAAGGUGAAGGUGAGCUUCCUGCUGAGGAUCCUGUGGUAGAUGUACCAGUGCCAGAGGAGAUGGUGACUACAGCUGAAACUGUUGCUGCAGUUGAAACGGUGACAGAAAAAGUAGUAAUUGAAGUUGAGCCUGUUGCUGACGCCGCAGUGGAAGUUGUCGGGGUCGUGGGAGAGCCUGACGUUGAAGCCGAAGCCAUAACUGUUGAAAAUGAGCCUGCUGAAGUACACAAAGUUGCAGAAGUCACGGAGGAUGUACAUGCAGAGACUGAACCAGAAGAGUUUCCAGUGGAAGCUGCAGUACCUACAGAAGCUUUAGUGGAACCAGAGCCUGAGCAGCAGCAGCAGUCAGUCCUACUGGAGGAACCCACGCCUUCGGUUGAGUCUACGAGUGACCCCAUCACUGAAGAAUUUGUUGUGACUGAGAAAGUAGCUGCUGACACAACUGCUGCAGAGGAACAGAUUCCUGAAACAGCAACAGAUGCCUCCGAGGUUCAAUCAGAGACACUGUCAGAAACAAUUCCUGCUCCUGAGCCACUGCCUGUGCCUGUAGCAAAGGAGAUUAUACAAGCUCAAGAUGAAUUAAUGGCGCAAAUAGAAACUGAAACUAUAAAGGACUUGGCAGUGGCUGGUGGCCUAACUGUGGAUGCCAUAAAUGGAUGUCUGGGAGCUACCGAAGUUGCAAUUGAAGGUUAAAGUGCCUAUGUUUCAUAUGAUAUAAAGAGAUGGCUGAAAUAUGAAACAUUGCAAAGUGCCUUAUGUGCUGAUUCUCACCGAAACAAUGACAGGGAUGUGUGCUUGUUCUUCGCUAGUGGAGUUUUUCUGAAUUUACCUCAGUUUCCAUAUGCAUGUACGGUAGAUUUGAUGGCGUUUAACAUUGCAUAUGUAGUAAAGUAAAAUGGAGGGAUGUUGCAAA